AUGUACCCCAGUUUACCAGACAAUUUUAAUCGGUCAAAUGAAUUAGCUACAGGCUUAAUUAAUAAUCCAAAUCAACCUAUUAGUGCUGAAAGUAAAACACUUAAGGAUAAAUUACGACAGUUAAUUUGUGACUUUCAUAUUUCACAUAACUGUGUAAAUAAACUUUUGGAAAUUCUUAGAUCUGAAGGACUUGAUUUGCCAAAAGAUGUAAGAACUCUAUUUCAAACCCCCAAGAACCAUGCAAUAAUUAAUGUUCAUCCUGGUACAUAUAUUCAUAUUGGUAUAGAAUUUAUGAUACACCUAUUUUACUAG